GGCCGGGCCGGGCGGUGCGGGGUUCCCCGGGGGAGCAGGUGACGGAGGGCAGCCGGUAGCCUCCGUCUGCACUGCCGGUAGGGUUGGCAUCGGGGGCAGCGCUGGCGGCCUGGUCAGCAGCGCUGCCUGUGCCCGGUGGGUGCUGAGCGGCAGGGCCCGGCGGGGCCUUGUGCUUGCAGGAGGGUGCAGGCCUCGGGAGCUGCUUCUCGGCCCGAGCGGGCGGAUGGCGGCGGUGGAUGACCUCAAGUUCCGAGCGAAUCCUGAUGCCACCACAAUAAGCAUCGAUGAGCCGGUGGAAGCCCAUAAGAAUCAGCACGGCCGUCGGCAGGAACCAGGGAGAGAGGAGGACGAUGAACUGCUGGGGACUGAUGACUCGGAUAAAACAGAGCUGCUUGCGGGACAGAAGAAAAGUGCCCCUUUCUGGACAUUUGAGUACUACCAGACGUUCUUCGAUGUGGACACUUACCAGGUCCUGGACAGAAUCAAGGGUUCAGUUUUCCCAGUGCCAGGGAGGAACUUUGUAAGGCUGUAUGUCCGCAGCAAUCCUGACCUCUAUGGUCCCUUCUGGAUAUGUGCUACGCUUGUCUUUGCCAUUGCUGUUAGUGGCAAUCUCUCAAACUUUUUCAUCCACCUGGGCAGGCCGACGUACCACUACGUGCCCGAGUUCAGAAAAGUGUCCAUAGCGGCAACAACGAUUUAUGCAUACGCUUGGCUUGUUCCCCUUGCUCUCUGGGGAUUCCUGAUGUGGAGGAACAGUAAAGUUAUGAACAUUGUCUCCUAUUCGUUCCUGGAGAUAGUAUGUGUAUAUGGCUACUCCCUCUUCAUCUAUAUUCCCACAGCGAUUUUAUGGAUUAUUCCACAAAAAGUGGUGCGCUGGGUCCUGAUGAUUUUUUCCCUGUGCCUUUCGGGCUCUGUUUUGGUGAUGACCUUCUGGCCUGCUGUGAGAGAUGACAACCGGAGGAUUGCGCUGGCGACCGUGGGGACCAUCGUCCUGCUUCACGCCCUGCUGUCUGUUGGCUGCUUGGCAUACUUUUUUGAUGCCCCUGAAGUGGAUUUUCCUGCACCUAUUAUCCCUGCUCACAAUGGAACAACACUAAUAACAAAAGUUAAAUAGAUAAGAUCGCGCUGCUGCUCCACCUCUACAGUCACUUUAUUUUUUCACUGAAGAACGGGACAUGUGUGCGCAGAAGCAGCCCUGCGGGACCCACGAGUUCACAGACUGCUGCGGCGGGCACAGGGGCUGAGCCAGGCGCUGUACAGCGCGCGUAGUUUCGCUGCUCUCCGGUUGCGCCGGAAUAAAGCGUUGUGAAGGUU